AUCGGCUUGGAAAUGUCAACAAACCUGCUUAACAUGUGACUCGGAAUUUGAUUGUUAACCAACAUCAUCAACAUCGAUCUUUGUUUUAUCAGUUAAUUUAGUUAAUUUCCAUUUAAUUACAUUUAAUUUUCAACAAUUAAUUAACAUCUUUGCUAAAGGUGGACACAUUUGUUGGUGGAACAAUUUGAUUGAUUGAGUAUUGGUGGUUAAUCAGGGUAAGAAUAAAAUGGGCGAUAUUGAUGCGGUGAACAAUGAUGUCUCUUGUGAUGAAGAGAAGGCGAUUGGAAAGGUAAAGGUGAUUGCUGAGCAAUUGGGGAUUUCGCUGGAUGAGAUUAAAGAGAAGAAUAUUUCAAAGAAAACAUUGAAGAGAAUGUUGAAAAAUAAGGUUUACAAUGAGACCAAAAUUGAGAAACGUCGAAUUCAAAAGCAGAAGAAAAAAGCUAAAAGAAAAGAGCUAAAGGAAACACUGGGAAUCAAUUUAAGUGAGAAAAAGAAUCGACUGACCAUGGAUGAGUCACCAAAUAAGGUCAAUAUUGCCAUCGAUUUAAGUUUUAACUCUAUGAUGAAUGAGAAAGAAUUAAGGAAAUUGAUGAAACAAAUUCAACGUUGUUACUCAUUAAACCGACGCUCUGAUGGUCCAUGUCAAUUUUAUUUAACCUCAUUAAAAGACGAAAUAGCGAAAGGGUUAAUGUCCAAACAACCAGGAUUCGAUUAUUGGGAUAUUCACCGGAAGGAAGAGCAUUUUUCACAAGUUUUCAGUGAUUUCAAAGAAAAAGGAACAUUAAUCUUUCUAUCCAGUGAUUCACCCAAUUUAUUACCCGAUGUUGAUGAGAUAAAAAGACGCGGUGGUGACUAUGUUUACAUAAUCGGUGGACUGGUUGACCAUAAUGUCCACAAAGGAUUAACUCUUGGAUUGGCCCAAAAAUCGGGCAUUCAAACAGCUCGACUUCCCAUUGACCAGUGUAUGGAACUAUGUGUUUCCAAAGUUCUUGCAGUUAACCAUGUUUUCGAGAUCAUGUUAAAUGCUACCAAUGGAAUAACUUGGUCCGAAUCAUUCGAAAAGGUCAUUCCCGCUCGAAAAGUAAAACAAAGUAAUGCUCUUAAAUCUCGAAAAAAACCUAAAAGUGUUGAUCAAAAAGAGAAUACGGAAAAUGAAGAGAGUGACAAAAAAUCCACCGCCACCACUUCCUUGCCCUCGAGCAAUAACACGAUUCCACCUCAUCCUCCAUCUCCAUCAUCAUCUUUAGCCUCAUCUUCACCUUCCUCUGAAUCGUCUCCAUCUUAAUCGACAAUUGUCUUAAUUUAGUUUAAGACAAUUGAUUUCGAUUGAUUUAACUUGAUAACUAACAAAAGAAACUGAUUAAAUUGUUCAACACAGUCGAAGUGCAAAAAUUUUCAAAAAUAAAUUAUUACAUCAGUUUGGAAAACAUUUGAUUCGUAAUUGUAUUAUUCAUUUGAUUGCAAUUCUUAUACCAACAAUUAACAAUAAAUUAGCAUAGUUGAUGAUAA